AGAAACCGUAUUUCGACUACAUCGCCAAUCACACAAUGCCGUUCCUAUACAUUCGGGGCGUGUUUCUCCAUGCAUACCUAAAUAGCCGCUAGUCCGCGCGAUCAAUAGAGUCAUGCUACGUCGCCAUACCAUAAAUAGGCAUGUUACCUAGACCUAUUCGGCUUUUUCUUGGAACUCCCGUUCACAUGAUUCACUGACGAUUGCCUUAUAUGGAAAUUUACACGGUGAUCCAACUGGCAGAAAUAAAACCCGCGUGGCGUCAGUAGCCGAGUGCAUUUGAAUUCGUACAGAGGAGAGGUCAACGCGAGUAGUGAAUUUAUUCUAUCAGAUUUUCACAAUGGCUGAUGAUGAUGUUGCAGCUUUAGUUAUUGAUAAUGGAUCCGGAAUGUGCAAGGCCGGAUUCGCCGGAGACGAUGCCCCCAGGGCCGUGUUCCCCUCCAUUGUUGGACGACCCAGACAUCAGGGUGUAAUGGUUGGUAUGGGUCAGAAAGACAGCUAUGUAGGAGACGAGGCCCAGAGCAAGAGAGGUAUCCUCACCCUCAAGUACCCCAUUGAACACGGUAUCGUCACCAACUGGGACGACAUGGAGAAGAUCUGGCAUCACACCUUCUACAAUGAACUCCGUGUGGCCCCAGAGGAACACCCCGUCCUCCUGACCGAGGCCCCACUUAACCCCAAGGCCAACAGAGAAAAGAUGACACAGAUCAUGUUCGAAACCUUCAACUCCCCCGCCAUGUACGUCGCUAUCCAGGCCGUACUUUCCCUGUACGCUUCCGGUCGUACAACUGGUAUUGUACUGGAUUCCGGAGACGGUGUCACCCACACAGUACCCAUCUAUGAAGGUUACGCCCUUCCCCACGCCAUCAUGCGAUUGGAUCUCGCUGGACGUGAUCUGACCGAUUACCUUAUGAAAAUCCUCACUGAACGUGGUUACUCCUUCACAACCACAGCUGAAAGAGAAAUCGUCAGAGACAUUAAAGAGAAAUUGUGCUAUGUUGCUUUGGACUUCGAACAGGAGAUGGCAACUGCUGCAUCCUCAUCGUCCCUGGAGAAGAGUUAUGAACUUCCUGACGGUCAGGUCAUCACCAUUGGAAACGAGCGAUUCAGGUGCCCAGAGGCCAUGUUCCAACCAUCCUUCCUUGGAAUGGAAUCUGCUGGUAUCCAUGAAACCACAUACAACAGUAUCAUGAAGUGUGAUGUCGAUAUCCGUAAAGACUUGUACGCAAACACAGUAUUAUCUGGUGGUUCAACCAUGUACCCUGGUAUUGCUGACCGUAUGCAGAAAGAAAUCACAGCUUUAGCUCCUAGCACAAUGAAAAUUAAGAUCAUUGCCCCACCAGAAAGGAAAUACUCCGUCUGGAUCGGUGGUUCCAUCCUUGCUUCUCUCUCCACCUUCCAACAGAUGUGGAUCAGCAAACAGGAGUACGAUGAAUCUGGUCCAUCCAUUGUCCACAGGAAGUGCUUCUAGUCUAUUUUCCAAUUGUUUAUCUAGUCACACAUACAAACGGUCAUUCUUAGCCAAAGUCCCUUGCAGUGCUGGGUGCACUGACUGAUCAUGGUGCAUAGAUCUGAGGAUAAGAUCUGAUUUACACUGACGUUGUCUAAUUGUAAAAAUUUCAAUUCAUAUUUUUUGUACCGGAUAAAAAAUUCGAAAAAAAUCACUAAUUAAAAAUCAAUAAAAUAAA